CCUGCAUUCAUUGGGACUCCCUGCAUUCAAUGGGAGAGUUAGCUAACAUCACCAAACAAGCAUGUCCGACCCCUUCUAAUUAUACCAAAGUGAUCCGACCUGAUUGUUGUCUGGCGCUGAACCUAUUGGGAAAUAACACUGUCUGAAACUAAUGAGAAGGACGACUGUAUUUGAAUAAGGUGUGUGCUUCUGCGUGCCCCAGCAGAGAUGAGUUACGCCAUGCAGCUGUUGAUUCACCGUGGGGAUUUCUGUCAUGGCCGCACGCUGCUCCCCCUGGGCCUCCGGUCUCUUCUCCGCACUCUGAGUUCUGGUCCCCAUGUGAGCCGCAGCCUCCGGGAGAGCUACCAGCUGUUACAGCUUGAGCUUCCAGAUGUGGGCGAGAGUAGCCCUGCGCAGGUGAAAGAAGCCUACCGACGCAUGGCCAAGCUGUACCAUCCAGACUCGGGCGCUGCUACGGCAGACGAGGCAAUGUUUGCGCGGGUAGAGGAGGCAUACCGCGCCGUGCUGGCGCACCAGUCCCGGCUUCAGAGCUGUGGGGGUUCGAUGGAAGAAGAGGAGGAGAAGGUGAAAGGCGUGGCUCCUCAGCACCGCCACUACCUGAGCUACGAGGGCGUGGGCGCUGGGACGCCUAGCCAGCGCGAGCGCCAAUACCGUCAAUUUCGAGUGGAUCGGGCGGUGGAGCAGGUCCUCGACUACCGCCAGAAGGAGCAUGAAACGGCGGCUGCAGCCGAGGGGGCGCUGGUGGAGAGGGACGUCCGCCAGCGCAGCCGGCAGAUCAAGGUCACACAGGCAGUGGAGAGGCUGGUGGAAGACCUCAUUCAGGAAUCCAUGUCCCGGGGAGACUUCCGCAACCUGAGUGGCGCCGGGAAGCCCAUCAACAAGUUUGAGCACAACCCUUAUGCCGACCCCAUGACCCACAACCUCAACCGCAUCCUCAUCGACAACGGCUACCAGCCACCCUGGAUUGUCACGCAACGCGACAUCCGAGAGGACAUCGCGCAGAUCCGAGAGAGACUGCUGCAGGGCCAGGCGCGGCUUGCCGACCCCAUGAACCCCAGGGAGCAUGCUCAGUGGCAGCAGUUGUGUGGGGUUGUGGCGGAUGACCUUAUGAAGCUCAAUAAAACGGUGGAUAACUUCAACCUGAUUGCGCCCAUGCUUACCAUGCAAAUGGUCCACUUCAGUUUGGAGCGUGAGAUCGACCGCGCAGAGAAAGCAGCCAUUCAAGGCAGACAGGAGAGCAAGAGGGAAAGAGUGAGGGAGUGGGAGGAGCAGAGAAGAGAAAGAGAAAGGGAGCGGGAGAAGAGAGAUAAGAUUAAAACACAUCAACACUCUUGGCAAGGCGGCCUGCUGGCAUGGAUGCAGAAUUUACUAAAAUGAGCAAUGGACCUUGAAGCCAAAAUGAGAUAAAAAAGGAUAUUUCAAAUCAAACUUUUAUUUAUAAUCCAUUUACACAGGCGUCAACACACUUCGAGAGGAUAAGACAGAGGUGUUGAAUCAUUUGUCUUUUAUGUCAUUUUCAGUGUUUUUGCUACAUUGGGUUGAUUACAGUAGCAUGUUAUAACACACAGAAUAAUACAACAAGCUGCUACUACAACACGGUUACUUGACCUUACUGUAACUCAACUGUGCUUUACAAUAAUGCUACACAGUGUCAGUGUCUGGACCUCAGGACACAAUGUUAAUGGUAUCGGACUACAAUAAUCCAUUUAAUUAAAUACUUUUAAUCUACGUUUAUAAGCAAAGCAAUUCUUAUUACAUUGAUUUGUUUCUUUGCUGAAUGAAGGAAUGAAAGUAUAGAAUACUCAAUGUUCGUUAUGAAUGAGCAGUUGACUGACUUCCAGUCAGAUGAAAAUCUCUUUAAAUAGGAGGUAAGCUUUCGGUCAGUCGACUGACCGAAUGCUAAGCUACUAUGAGUGGAAGUGUGUGGUGACUUUUUCCAGUUUUGCAUUUUGCCUCCCGCAACUUCACUAAUCGAUAAUGGGUGUGCGGUAGAUUCUGCCUAUGAUUGCAUUACAAUAAAAGAGGUACUGUAACUCAAUCUCUCUCUCACUUGUCAUUGUGACUAUAAUAUGUUAUAUUAGGAUUGAGAACAUCAACACUAUUAACUCCUCACUAUCCAUCCCAAUCUAUCCUGGGAGCUGCUCCAAUGCAGCAGGGUUGCAGAUGACCAUGGGGUUCUUCCCGUUGUCUCCAAUACGUGUGUCUGCCUCAUGCAGUGCCUGUGUGACGGCCCGUGGGAGGGUGAGUCCUUUGGUCCAGUCGUGGGCAAUGUACUGGUGAUACGGAUCGUGGGAGCUCUCUAGCUUCUUGGAGCGGAUGUAGCUCAGCAUGAUACCAAACGUGAAGAAACUAAACAUACCUACCAUCAGUAGAAUGUACACAAAUCCCUGAGCUUGAGCCUUAGGUAUAGCCCCGCCCACUGGGAGAACGGCCUGCUGGGUAGUGUAGUUCUGAGAGAGUACUGGGACCAGUAAACCUGUGCCGUUCAGACAUUGCUGUAGGAAGGAUAGCAGGAGAGUCUGCAGCUCUGUGCCAUUUAAGUGCAGCAUUGCUGAUCUCUGCUGGUUGUGGAAGGGAACUGCUGCUCUUGUCAACUGAUGAGGGAGGAGAGCCUUGGUCAGUACACUCGCCCAAUGAGACACAAACAAAAACACACAUUGCACAUUGCACAAGUCUAACACAGACACGGCACAGCCAAUUUGACAAACACACAAACUAAUGCUGCGGAACUCACUUCUCUGUUCUCUUGCUGUGGAUAAAAAUAUUUUAUCUCUAGUUGCUCCGAUGGCUUAUGCCUCAGUUUCUGUUGACCUGCCUGAGAAAACUUGGUAUUACACAUCUAAGAUACAAGUGUAGGACAAAUUAUCAAUCACAGAAGAAAUAUGUAAAAUGAAGAGUGCAAAUACCUUUGGAAGCUCUCGGUAUUGUUGCUCACAAAGGUGCUAGUAGAAGAUGGUGACCUUUUUAAAUAGAGUACUCCGUUGAUUUCCGUUGAUUUCGAGGGGAAAAACUGUAAGGUAAUCUGGUUCCACCUACACUUCCACUCCAAGACUUCUCUUUCUCUCGCUCUCUCUCUCGCUCUGUCUCUCUCUCUCCCUCACACACAUACACACACACACACACACUGACGGACACUAAGAGCUUAACCACGUCAACACGUUUAAUGAGCCAUAGAUGUCAUGUCAGAGGUCAAGGUCAGAACCUCCGCAUGGUAUGGUAGUGGGGGCGUGUGAUUUACUCUUAUGACCGCAGGACACUGUGGUUCAGUUACGGACACUUCAGUACAGUUAAACCUGUGUGGUAAUAACUCUGUUAUAGUUGUCUCCAUAGCUAUGAUCACCUGGUCAACAUGCUUCAGUGUUGUAAGGUGUAUGGUCAGUUUUGUGAUCACUUCUGAAUUGUCAUAUCUGUAUGUAUGGUCAGUCUUAUGUUCAUGUGUGGUUGUGAUGGAGCUAGGCUGUAGAACAAAGCGGCAUUCAGACUGGAGGGAGAGUGGCGAGAUUAAGUUACAACAGGAGCAAAUCACAAAUCACCUCCAAACGUCCUAGCUAUCCCACUGCUUUUCCGUGUGUGUGCAUGCGUGUGUGUGUGCGUACAUGUGUGUGUUACCUAGAGACUCACCUUCAGGGGCCUAAGCAAUCCAGCGAACAUUCAGCAUUGCAGACAGAAUGAACAACAUAUAAUUGUGUCAAUAGUCCAUUCUGCAUGAUAAACAUGUCCCAGUGACUAGACCCUAGGCAUUCUGCACCUAUUGUCCUUGGGACAAUCUCAUAAUUUGCAGAUAAAAUAUUAUUUGACUAUGCCUUUAGAUGUUUGGUGUAAGCCUAUACAAAACAAAUAUCCUAUAAUCCUAUUGGAUCUUUUUCUGUGACCUCUGGAAUAAUUGUAUAACUUAUCAUUAUUGAUCAUAUCUUACUAUUGCUGACUGCGAUGAAUAUCAAGGUUGCGUGGUCUAAAUUCUCAUCCGUUAGUAGAGUUUGCCACCAGCUGGCCAUUUUGGAUUAGUUUGUGACAGGACCGCUGGCUCUGUUGCAAAUGUUCCAUUCAAGACGGAUACAUCCUUCAAACACAAGGAAAAGUCCCGAGUUUGUGAGCACAUUCGAUUUGAUUUUCCUUGCUCCAUAUAUGACAGUUAACAUUCUGCCUACACACACUAUAAAGAAAUAUACAGUGGCGGGUUUAAACGAUCACACUCAACAUUCAUUACAUUCCUAUAGGUUGAUCAUGUCAAACGCAGUUUUUUUUCUUCAUCGCUUCGGUACUAUUUUCACAAGUGUGUGAUGAAAUUUCACAACUCAAAACAGAUCAUCGAAAAGGCUGUUUUUUCCCCUCAAAACAUUAAGCACAUUUUCAAUUGACUAAGUAAACAAUCUUACAGUGACCUUUUCACCAAACCUAAAUCAGUGUUUCAUCCUAGAAAUACCUUUCAUAUAAAGUCAUUGCCUUUCACAAUGCAAUGCUCACAAUACUUUUAAUAUGACCCUCUUCUCAUUUGUGUAAUGAAUACGAUGGGAGACAGAGUGCUGGUUUAAAGCGCAGGACGCAGCAGGUGUUUAAUUGUAAAGGACCACAGGAAGAGGCAGGUAGCUGGGUCCAGGGGCAGGCAGAAGGGCAUACACAGGGUCUCCAAAAAGGUAACAGUACAGGCAGGAAAGGCUAAUAACGUAGUCCAGGAUCAGGCAAGAGGUUGAUGACAGGACAUCUGAUAGGCAAAAGGUCAGGCAGGGAAUAGGUAAAAAGGCGUCGUUAGUGAGGAUGGCCAAAAAACAUCUUGGCAUUAAAUGGAGUCGGGAGUUUAGAAGACUGCGCGAUGAAGAAUGAAUGAGUGUCCGGUAUUAGCUAGAGAGGCAAUGCUUCUAAAAUGCCUUUGUACUAGAUUUGAGGUUUUAUCAAUUUUGAAAAUCUGAAAUGAUGUAUGCGCUGCAAAGAAAUACAAUAGGCACCUUUACAUAGGCUGAAACACCGGACUCUUCUAGCGAACAUUGCUCAGAUUCCCUUUGCCGCGGGCUUAAACUUUGUGUAUGUAGCCGGUUUGCGGGAGAAAGAGAACCCUAAUUCGUCCCGUGUUACAUCUCCAAUUUGCCGCGGGCGUCUGGUACUCUUAAAGGUUGGACAGGGUUGGCAGGUCUGAAAUACAGUUGACCAUCACUUAAUCCAACUGCGUUUAAUGGUUAACCACUUAACCGUUUGGUACCCUAUAGAUUUUAAGAUUUUGUCAACUAUAUAUGGAUUUUGAGAACUACAGAAAUAAAAUGUCUGUUUGUAAAGUAUAAACAUCUAAAUGACAUGUAUGAUACAUGAUAACCAUACAUAAUGACUACUCAUUAUUGCUAAUUGAUUUCACAUAGUGUUAACCACAUUUGGUCACCAUAUAAAAGGGUGGGUGUCAACACUUGCAAUUUCUUUCAACGUGGAGCAGGAUAGACAGCAAGGGAGAGGAAGAAAUCAGAGAAGUGGGCAUGGACCCUAUCAAAGAGGUCAAAGAGGUGGGUAUGGGCCCCAUCAAAGAGGUGGACAUCAGAGAGAGGGUGGCAGAUGGCAGGGAACUGUUGUGUCUAGUGAAAUCCGGGCCAUCGUCGUUGACCAUGUGGUAAACAGAGGCCUUACUAUGGCAGAGGCUGCCAGAUUAGUUCACCCUAAUCUGAAAAGAUCAACUGUCAAUUUGAUCAUGAGAACAUUUUGCCAAGAAAACCGGUAAGUUUGUAGGAUAUGCACCAUUCCAUUUACAGUAAGUUACAUAUUGUAAUGUAUGUAAAUUCACAAAACAUGUUACAGUAUUCUUACAGUAUGAUCUAUUGACAGUACACACUGUUCUACCCUCAGAAUUGACAGAAGACCCCAUGGUGGUGGCUGUGGCCGUGUGCUGACAGACGAGCACUGAGCAGGAGUGCACAGUGGUGGAAAUGGUGAGGGCCAGGAAUGACAUACAGUUGUCUGAAAAAAUGCAAGCUAUUGAGGAGAAUGAUGACACCUUUGCCAAUGUGGCAUCCAUCAGCCUACCAACAAUCGCCCGCCUUUUGAAACACAUUUAACUGGUGACUUUUGAGAGAAAAAAACGACCGGGUGCAACAACUGCAGCCGAGUAUGCUCAGCGGGUGAUGGUGCUUGAUGCUGCUGUGAACCAUCACUCCCCCGCGACUGCCGCGCAGAAAUAACAGCCCACAGACAGAAGCACAAGAUUGAACCUCAAUUUUCAAGAGCAGUGGUCACCAACGGUUGAUCUCCAAACAUCUCAGGGUGCUGGCGGUAGGUGCACCCGAUUUGCUAGGAGGAACAGCAUGAAUUUGUGCCUAAGGCAGUGUAACUCGAGUUUAGCCAUCAGCUGGAAGACGGUGUCCCUUUUUGGUCAAUGUCAGUGGAAACUCACAUAGGAUGUACCCGUGACUAGAACUAUUCAACGCUGGUCUGACCAAUCGGAAUCCACGAUUCAAGAUUGUUUUGAUCACGUGGACUGGGAAAUGUUCCGGGCAGCCUCAGAGAAUAACAUCGAUUUUAUACGCUGAUUUGGUGAGUGAGUUUUUAAGGAAGUGCAUUGGAGAUGUUGUACCCAGUGUGACUAUUAAAACCUACCCUAACCAGAAACUGUGGACGGAUGGCGGAAUUUGCACAAAACUGAAAGCACGAACCACUGCAUUUAACCAUGUAAAGAUGACUGGGAAUAUGGCCAACCGAAUAACAGUGCACUUAUUCCCUCCGCAAGGCAAUCAAACAGGCAAAAUGUCGGUAUAAGGACAAAGUGGAGUCACAAUUCAACGGCUCAGACACGAGACAUAUGUAGCAGGGUCUACAGGCAAUUACAGACAACAAAAAGAAAACCAGCUACGUCACGGACACUGAUGUCUUGCUUCCAGACAAACUAAACACCUUCUUUAGUACAGUGCCACCAACGCAGCCCGCUACCAAGGACUACGCCCCCCCCCUCUCCUUUUUUGUGGCCAACGUGAGUAAGACAUUUAAACGUGUUAACCCUCGCAAGGCUGCCGGCCCAGACGGCAUCCCUAGCUGCGUCCUCAGAGCAUGCGCAAACCAGCUGGCUGCUGUGUUUACGGACUUAUUCAAUCUCUCCCUGUCCCUGUCUGCUGUCCCCACAUGCUUCAAGAUGACCACCAUUGUUCCUGAACCCAAGAAGUCAAAGGUAACUGAACUAAAUGACUAUCGCCAGUAGCACUCACUUCUGUCAUCAUGAAGUGCUUUGAGAGACUAGUCAAGGAUCAUAUCACCUCCACCUAACCUGUCACCAUAGACCCACUUCAAUUUGCAUACCUAUCCAAUCUGGCCAAAAAUAAUAUCUAUGUAAGAAUGCUGGUUGUCGACUAGUUCAUCAUUAAGCUUGAGGCCCUGGGACUCAACCCCGCCCUAUGCAAUUGGGUCCUGGACUUUCUGACGGGCCGCUCCCAGGUGGUGAAUGUACGAAACAACAUCUCCACAAGGCUGCGUGCUCAGCCCUGUCCUGUACUCCCUGUUCACCAAUGAUUGCUUGGCCAUGCAGGCCUCCAACUCAAUCAUCAAGUUUGCAGACAACACAACAGUAGUGGGCUUGAUUACCAACAACGAUAAGACAGCCUACAGGGAGGGGGCAAGGGCUCUCGGAGUGUGGUGUCAGGAAAACAACCUCUCACUCAACAUCAACAAAACAAAAGAGAUGAUUGUGGACUUCAGGAAACAGCAGAGGGGAGCACCUGCAUAUCCACAUCAACGGGACAGCAGUGGAGAAGGUGGAAAGUUUUAUGUUCCUCAGCGUACACAUCACGGACAAACUGAAAUGGUCCACCCACACAGACAGUGUGGUGAAGGCGCAACCAUCCUCACAAACUUUUACAGAUGUACAAUUGAGAGCAUCCUGUUGGGAUGCAUCACCGCCUGGUAUGGCAACUGCACCGCCCACAACCGCAAGGCUCUCCAGAUGGUGGUGCGGUCUGCACAACGCAUCACUGGGGGCAAACUACCUUCCCUCCAGGACACCUACAGCACCCGAUGUCACAGGAAGGCCAUAAAGAUCAUCAGGGACAACAACCAUCUGAGCCACUGCCUGUUCACCCUGCUACCAUCCAGAAGGCGAGGUCAGUACAGGUGCAUCAAAGCUGGUACCGAGAGACUGGAAUAACAGCUUCUAUCUCAAGGCAUUCAGACUGUUAAACAGCCAUCACAGAGAGGUUGCUGCCUACAUACAGACUCAAAAUCAUUGUACACUUUAAUAAACGGAUCACAAGUCUCUUUAAUAAUGCCACUUUAGUAAUGUUUACAUAUCUUGCAUUACUCAUCUCAUAUGUACAGUUGAAGUUGGAACUUUACAUACACCUUAGCCAAAUACAUUUAAACUCAGUUUUUCACAAUUCCUGACAACUAAUCCUAGUACAAAUUCCCUGUCCUAGGUCAGUUAGGAUCACCACUUUAUUUUAAGAAUGUGAAAUGUCAGAAUAAUGGUAGAGAAUGAUUUAUUUCAGCUUUUAUUUCAUUCAUCACACUCCCAGUGGGUCAGAAGUUUACAUACACUCAAUUGGUAUUUGGUAGCAUUGCCUUUAAAUUGUUUAACUUGGGUCAAUUGUUUCAGGUAGCCUUCCACAAGCUUUCCACAAUAAGUUGGGUGAAUUUUGGCCCAUUCCUCCUGACAGAGCUGGUGUAACUGAGUCAGGUUUGUAGGCCUCCUCCUUCUGCCCACAAGUCUUCUAUAGGAUUGAGGUCAGGGCCUUGUGAUGGCCACUCCAAUACCUUGACUUUGUUGUCCUUAAGCCAUUUUGCCACAACUUUGGAAGUUUGCUUGGGGUCAUUGUCCAUUUGGAAGACCCAUUUGCGACCAAGCUUUAACUUCCUGACUGAUGUCUUAAGAUGUUGCUUCAAUAUAUCCACAUAAUUUCCCUGCCUCAUGAUGCCAUCUAUUUUGUUUAGUGCACCAGUCCCUCCUGCAGCAAAGCACCCCCACAACAUGAUGCUGCCACCCCCGUGCUUCAUGGUUGGGAUGGUGUUCUUCGGCUUGCAAGCCUCCCCCUUUUUCUCCAAAGAUAACGAUGGUCAUUAUGGCCAAACAGUUCUAUUUUUGUUUCAUCAGACCAGAGGACAUUUCUCCAAAAAGUACGAUCUUUGUCCCCAUGUGCAGUUGGAAACCGUAGUUUGGCUUUUUUUAUGGAGGUUUUGGAGCAGUGGCUUCUUCCUUGCUGAGCGGCCUUUCAGGUUAUGUCGAUAUAGAACUCGUUUUACUGUGGAUAUAGACACUUUUGUAUGUGUUUCCUCCAGCAUCUUCACAAGGUUGAUUUGCACUUUUCGCACCAAAAUACGUUCAUCUCUAGGAGACAGAAUGCAUCUCCUUCCUGAGCGGUAUGAUCGCUGCGUGGUCCCAUGGUGUUUAUACUUGCGUACUAUUGUUUGUACAGAUGAACGCGGUACCUUCAGGCAUUUGGAAAUUGCUCCCAAGGAUGAAUCAGACUUGUGGAGGUCUACAAUUAUUUUUUCUGAGGUCGUGGCUGAUUUCUUUUGAUUUUCCCAUGAUGUCAAGCAAAGAGUUUGAAGGUAGGCCUUGAAAUACAUUCACAGGUACACCUCCAUUUGACUCAAAUGAUGUCAAUUAUCCUAUCAGAGGCUUCUAAAGCCCUGACAUAAUUGUCUCUAAUUUUCCAAGCUGUUUAAAGGCACAAUCAAUUUAGUGUAUGUUAACUUCUGACCCACUGAAAUUGUGAUACAGAAAUAAUCUGUCUGUAAACAAUUGUUGGAAAAAUGACUUGUUAUGCACAAAGUAGAUGUCCUAACCGACUUGCCAAAACAAUAGUUUGUUAACAAGACAUUUGUGGAGUGGUUGAAAAACAAGUUUUAAUGACUCCAAUCUAAGUGUAUGUAAACUUCCGACUUUAACUGUAUAUACUGUAUUCUAUACCAGCCAAUGCAUCUUGCCUAUGCCGCUCGGUCAUCACUCAUCCAUAUAUGUAUAUGUAUUUAUAUUCUUAUUCCAUCCCUUUACUUAGAUUUGUGUGUAUUAGGUAGUUGUUGUGGAAUUGUUAGAUUACUUGUUAGAUAUUACUGCACUGUUGGAACUAGAAGCACAAGCAUUUAACUACACUCGCAUUAACAUCUGCUAACCAUGUGUGUGGCCAAUACAGUUUGAUUUGAUUUGUGACCCUAUACCUGCUCCCAUACUCUCCUUUCCUCAACCCUAUUGAGGAAUUAUUUUCAGCAUGGUGGUAGAAGGUGUACGAUCGCUUUCCCCAGGAGCGUGCCACCCUCCUUCUGGCCAUGGAUGAGGCAUGUGACAACAUCAUUUCAGACCAAUAUCAAGCUUGGAUUUGCCUUACCAAAAUGUUUUUACCUCAAUUGCAUGAACAAUGACAUCCACUGUGAUGUGGAUGAGAAUUUUUGGCCAAAUGUGCAAGACAGGCUUGAUGCAAAUUAAUGCAUGCUAAACGUUGUUUUAUUUUACUUUACAUUUGAUUACAGACAGUACACCUAUGUUGCAAUUAUAUAUAUUUUUUAACGUGCAUGAAUGAUUGUAGAGGAUGUUUUCAUUGAUCACACCUUUGAUCACACAUUGGAUACAUUUUCUGUCAAUGUUGUUGGGUACUGUAAGUGUAUUGCCUAAUAUGAAAACUGUGAAUCUACUGUAAUUAACAGUACUGUAACAUAUUACUUUCAAACCUUGUAAGGGUGAUUUGAAACACCUUAUCUUGCAUUGUUUGCUAUUGGUUUAACUGGUAAUUAAAACAACUAAUUUGAAAAUA